CCGCAGACCCAGGUGCCCCGCCAGCGGCUGCGGUGGCCGCGGUCCCGGCGUUUGGCCCGUCGGGGGCUCCCCCUCCAGGUCCCGAGCCCGGGCCCAGCAAUGUGCACCGUAUCCAGAUGGAUUUUGCGCCAUCCAUGGAGGACGAGUUGGAGCUCCAGGCCGGUCAGCUCGUCCGAUUACUGCAUGAGUACGACGACGGAUGGGCUCUCUGCAUCCGGCUGGAUCGUUCGCAGCAAGGUGUGGCUCCCCGCUCCUGUCUGUCCGCUCGCCCCGUGCAACCCCGUGCUCGUCCCCCUCCGGGCUCUGGUCCGAUCCCCCACGGACCCCCCAUGAUGGGACCCAACGGCCGUAUGCCCCCGCCGGGUCGCUUCUACCCUCAGGAUCCUCGCCCGCAAUCCCCGGGAGGCCGUCCGAUGUCCCCAGGUCCUCGAUCCAUGUCCCCGGGUCCUCGCUCCAUGUCUCCGGCGCGUCCCCCCAAUGGUGGCCCUCCGCCCCGUCCCUACCCCCAGGGACCCAUGUCGCCCGCGGGUCGUUUUCCGCCCGUGCCCCGCGCACAAUCCCCCGGCCCCGGUGGGCGACCCAUGCCGCCUAGAUCCAUGAGCCCCGGACCGUACGGGGCCCCGGGCAUGCAGCGACCGGACAUGGCCGCUGCUCAGCGAAAGCGCAGCAACAGCGCUGGAGGUGCCGCCGGACCAGUCCCCCGCAUGGGUUCCCCACCGGGCCCCAGUCCCUUGGCGCCGCCGGCCACGCCUCCGCCGUCGAGCGCACUCCCCGCCGUUCCGGCUCCUGACGCCGCACCGGCCGCAAAGACGACCCCUGACAAUAGCGCAUAAGGACCUAUACCCCGUGACUGUUCCAUUUUAGCCAGACGGCAACUCACCCAUCGAUCUGGGUGAUCACCCGUCUAAUUGCCGCUGGACGGGAGACAUGUCUACAAUGAUGUUUACUGCGUCUGCGACGAACGACCCAUAUCGCCCAAUGCGAAUACCAAAUACCAAAUCUGCAAUUUUCCUUCUUCUUCUUUCUCUUUCCAUAUUUCCCCUUCUUUUGGCCUUUCAAUUCGCUUUCUCACGAUACUACAUCGUCUAUCUGUCUGAUGAAACAGUAACAAACGUAAAUAAUCAGACUGCCUUCAGUCUCUGAUAUCCUGUUGAAUGUAUUGUAAUGUGUGGUUCGAAUUGACCGGAUAUACCCCUUUCUUUCCUUUUAUCUUAUUCUCUCCUGAAUUUAUCUUUUUUUUUUCUUUCUUAUUUUUCUUCGCUUUGAUGUUGUGUUUACCCAUAGCUGUAUCUUACUCAAACCCAAUAUACCAUACAAAUAUUAUAUAUC